AACGAGAGCUAUGGCUCAGCUGCUUACUGGGAUGAGCGCUAUAGUCAAGAGCCUGCCGGAAGCCAUUUCGAUUGGUUUCAAAGUUAUUCUGAGCUAUCCGACCUUAUCCAACAACACGUGCCGCUUCCCGAAGCCAAGAUAUGCGUUCUUGGCUGUGGUAACUCUACUCUGUCCCAAGAUAUGUAUGAGGCUGGUUAUCACUCCGUGGUGAAUGUGGACAUUUCUCAAGUGUUGGUCGAGCGCAUGCGCACAGAACAUCCCGAAAUGACGUGGGUACAAGCGGAUGUACGUGAGCUACCAUUUGAAUCUGCUUCAUUUGACGUAGCUAUCGAUAAAGGUAGUGUAACUCCUCUGGUC